UGGCCGAAACAUAAUGCAUACUGCCUUGUUUGCAAAAGACAAUGGAACAUGCACGUCUGCUUCUUGCUUCAGCGUACAAAUUCUCAUCGGAUUAAAAUGAAAAGAUGAAUGACAUUUCAGUACCAACUGGAUUCCUCCUCCAGCCAGAGGCCGUCAUCGACUACGGUUUGUGUCAGGUCAAACAAGGAAAUGACGAGUUCCUGGGGAUGAGCAACGUACCCAACCAGCUUAAGGGUUUGAACAACUAAUGGGCAUAUCCCUGUUGGGUUGCGAUUUACGGAGGAUCGUUGUUAAGUUUCACCAUCUGACCUCCAACUUUCGACCAAAACGAUGGAGCAGGUCAGCCUUGGUCAGUGGGAUAAAGAUAGAAUUACUACUGGUGCGGUAUGCGACCACCCAAGGGCGAAACUCAUCAGCAAGAAGAUGAAAGCUAAACAUGGCCGGAAAGCAGCAUUCCUGUCUGUCUUUCCAAUCAAAGCCUCAUCAAGACUCACAGACGACGACAAAGAACUUGUGCCCCACCCAAAAAGAGCAUCCACACCUCAGUGUGAACUGAGCAAACCCCCGAAUCAUGAUCAAACGAUCACUAAAGCUGAAACGGAGAGUCUUCAUGAAAGGAAGGAGAAGUUGCAAGUUUUUGUCCGAGGUUCCUUUUUAUCAAGGACACUUUGCCUCCAACUAGAUCAAAAGACAUCAGUUUCAUCCUUGAAGGAGUUAAUCAAGAACAAGAGUGGUAUCCAGCCACAAACACAACAUCUUUUCAUCCAGAGAAAUUUGUUGCUGUGUGACUCGCUGUCUCUUACCGAUCAAGGCAUACAACAAGACCAGAACAUCGAGAUAAGAGCAGGUGGUCUAUUGGGUGGUGCGCCUGAAAAAGAACAGUUUGCAAGCGGAUACUUUUUGGAACUGUCAGAGAAACUCGGAAGAGACUGGGUGUCGCUCGCCAUCAACUUAGACUUUGAUAACACACAAGUCGAGCAAUUCGAAGAGGGCCAUAAGGGGAAUAUAGUCAGGCAGAGCUUGAAGAUGCUAGAUAAGUGGUACAAGAAGCAGGACAACCCCGAAGAGGCACCCCAGACUUUGAAAAAUGCUUUGAGAAAAACGCACCGUGCUGAUUUGGCAUCAAAAGUUCCAGGCGUUGCAGGGGAACAUUUUGACGUUGAACAGUGUGCGGAGGAACUAACAGCACACUACCAGCAGACCCUGAAAGUCACUACACACCCGACGAAGAGAGGCACGUCCGUGGAGAUUGGUAGACUUUAUGUAAACCAACAGCUUCUUGAAGAAACCAACCUGGCAGCUCCUAGCUGCUCAUCAGAGUUCAAGAUACACCCGGCUGCCACCAUGAAAGUGGGGCAUCUGAAAGGCAAGUCGCAAAGAGGUACCCCUGGUCGCUCAGUGUCAAAAGUGGAAGAAGAGACGGGGUUUCUCUUCCAAAACGUACCCCUUGAUUCAUACGAGGACAUGCUUACCCUCAAAACAAAUCGGAUAUUAGCCACAGCUGAGGCAGGUUACGGCAAAACCACGCUGCUUAAAAAGAUUGUGUAUGAUUGGGUGGAAAUAAAGACAAAUGGGACGCAACAAACUAACCAAUCCCAACCUGGGACAAAGUUUGGUCUGAAGGAUUACAAACUUGUCUUUCUCAUCGAAGUUAAUCGAAUGGGUAAGAAUUUUGACGUCGUGGAUGCCAUUUUUUCGCAAAUUCUUACAGAAGGUAGAUUUGAGAAAGAAGACUUGGAGAAGUAUAUUCGGAAUAACCAAAAGAGCGUGCUGAUCCUUCUUGAUGGCGCAGACGAAAUUUCUCUGCAAAGGUUGACACACACAAAACAGCGCAAGGAUGAAAUUAACUUGAGCGAUAUGCUGUCGUUCAAAUCACUGAAGUCGUGUAAAAUUGUGGUAACGAGUAGACAAAAGACAGCAAAUGAAUUGCUGACAAUGCAUGAACACUUCACAAAAGUUCAUGUGGCAGGCUUCGAUGAGAAAGACAGGGAAAAAUACGUAGGAAAGUACUUGACAGAUUUUUCCAAACAAAGCCAAAAGAGCUUUCUUGAUACGGUCAAUGCGUCUAACACAUUCCGUAGUUUGGCGGAAAUCCCCUUGUUUCUUUGGUUGAUGUGCUUCACGUGGGCGGAAGAAGGAAAAUUGCCCCAUCAAAUAACGAAACUCUUCAGUCACAAAAUUGAGCAUCUUUUCCAGCGUGUGGACAGCAAAGAAACAGACAGCCAAGCAAACACUUACGCACAUGACACCAAGACAGACAUUUUUGCCCUUGGUCGGCUUGCUCUUGAGGGUUUGCUCGAUCCAGAUGGACCAAAACUUUAUUUCAUGGCCUCAGAGAUCAAUAGAGAAGACAGUGAUAUUUUCGAAAAGGGUUGUAAAAUUGGCUUGCUGUCGAAAACAGAAACUGUGUAUGGUCUCACAAGCGUCACUCUCUUUUCGUUCCUCCACAAAACUUUCCAGGAAUACUGCGCUGCAGUUUACCUCGAUAGCUUGUCAAGAUCUGACAAGAAAGAGUUUCACAAUGUAUUGUCAAGCAUAUUUAGUGGCGACGUUGAAAGUGUUGAAUUUCUUCUCCGCUUCUGCUGUGGACUGAACAAGAACACUGCCCAGACAAUAAUACGAGAAAUUGAUGGACUUUUAGGGCAAGACAAAAUGAAGGAAUCAUUACACCGAAUUUCGACAUUGCUCUUAUUCGAAGCUCAAUUAGACUCCCUUGUAGACGAAAUAGUUGGGACUGGUAACAUUAAGUUUACAUUCGAGAUCCAAGGGGAGGAUCUCGUGGCUGCGCACUACCUUGUUCAAACUGGGUCUAAACGUAAAGCUCUGGACAUAAACAGUGUCAAAGCUAAGUGCGACAGUUUGGAACAUUUAAAACUGUUAAAAGACAUAGUGAAAGAAAUAGAGUGUAACAUCUCUUUGACCCUUAACCUUGCCAACGUGCAUUGGAGUAACUUUGUCGAUGAUUCCCAAGGCAUGAUAAAGCACAUGAAGAGAUUAGAUGUGCGAACCGGUGACUGGAACAUCUUGCAACUUUUUGACAUGUUAUCCUACAAAGAGUCAAAAAUAAGUACCUUGGUCAUCAAGAACACCAUUUCAUUCGAACUGCUAUCUGAACAGAUGGUGACACCUGGACCAAUUAUGAGCUUGACUGUAUUGGCCCUUGCGGACACUGGCAUGAAAAGCAAAGACAUCGAGUCACUCUUGUCCCUUCUUUCAUCAGCUGGCAGCAUAAAGACAGUUCUUUUGAAGGAUAACGAUCUGCACGGUUUGCAGGCUGUGAAGAUCAGCCCUAUUCCGUCGCUUUGCGAGCUGCAGCUUCAUGAGUGCAGUCUGACAAAAACUGACAUCGAGCCAAUUUUCUCCCUCCUUGCGGCAGCAGCCAGCAUAAAGACGCUCGUCCUAAAGGGCAACGAUUUGCACGGUUUGCAGCCUGACCAGAUCACCUCUGUGCCUUCUCUCCGAGAACUGUACCUGUACGAAUGCAAUUUGACGAAGAGUGACAUUGAACAGGUGUUCUCUCUCCUUGCAGCAACGGGCAACAUACAGGUAGUGGUUCUCAACGAAAACGAUUUGCAACGUUUGCAGCCUGCCAAGAUCACCCCUCUUCCAUCGCUUUGUGAACUACACCUGUAUGAAUGCAAUCUAUCAUACAGUGAAAUUGGGCCCCUUUUCUCCCUUCUUACAGGAGCAGGCAGCAUCAAGAAGGUCUUCCUGAAGGGAAACAAUUUACGCGGCCUGGAACCUGUCAAGAUCGAACCUGCUCCUUUGCUUUCUGAUCUGCAGCUUCAAGAAUGUGGCCUAACCAAUUCUGACAUAAAGCCACUCUUCUCCCUUCUUAAAGCAGCGGGCAGCGUCGAGACAGUUGCUCUGUCGGGAUGCAGCUUCCGUCGUUUCCAGGUAGACAAGUUCACCCCUGUUUCUUCCUGUGUGCACUACAGCUGCACGAAUGUAAUCUGACUAACAGGGACAUCAAGCCACUUUUCUGCUUCCUAGAAGCAGCGGCCAGCAUAACGAAAGUUAUUCUUUCGGGAAGCGAUUUGCAUGGUUUGCAACCCUUCGGUAUUACCCCGGUUCCUUCCCUUACUGAGCUACAGCUUCACGAAUGCAAUCUGACGAGCACUGACAUUGCACCACUUUUUUCCCUCCUAGCAGCAGCCAACACCAUACAGAAAGUUAUUUUGCAUGGAAACGAUUUGCACGAUUUGAAGGCCGACAACCUCACUCCAGUUCCUUCGCUUUGCGAAGUACAGCUACAAGAGUGUAGUCUGACAUGCUGUGACAUUGGGCCACUUUUCUCCUUUCUGGCAGGUGCGGGAAGUGUGAAGACAGCUUGCUGAAAGGAAAUAAUCUGCACGGGUUGCAACCUAUCAGCAUCACCAAAGUUCCGUCACUUUGUAACUUGCAGCUACAAGAAUGCAGCCUGACGACCAGUGAUAUAGAGCCACUCUUUUCUCUCCUCGCAAUGGCUGGCAGCAUAAAGGAAGUUGCUGUGUCCGGAAGCAAUUUUCACGGAAUGCAACCUGACAUUAGUGACAAGAUUCCCCCUAUCCCUGGGCUUUGUGAACUGCAGCUACAUGAAUGUAACCUGGCACACACUGACAUGGGGCCACUGUUUUCUCUUCUUGCUGCAGUGGGCAGCAUGAGGAAGUUAGUCCUGUCGGAAAGUAAUUUGAGUGGUUUGAAGCCUGUCCAUGGCCAGGUCCAACCUGUUCCUUCGCUCUGCGAACUCCACUUGUACGAAUGCAACUUGACAAGCAAUGGUAUUGAGCCACUUUUCUCUCUUCUGGAGGCAGCGGGAAGCGUAAAAACAGUUGUUCUCCAUGGAAACGAUCUCCACGGUUUCCAGCCUGUCAAGAUCAAUUCCGUUCCGUCUCUUAAUGAACUCCAGCUACAAGAAUGUAACCUAGCCAUCGCUGACAUUGGUCCACUCUUUUCUCUCCUUGCAGCAGCAGGUAGAGUAGUGAAAGUCGGUCUAUCGGGAGGCAGUUUGCACGGUUUGCAGCCUGUGCAGAUCAGUCCAGUUCCUUCGCUUUGUGAAGUGCAGCUACAAGACUGUUGCCUGAAAACCAGUGAUAUCGGGCCCCUUUUCUCUCUUCUUGCAGGAGUGGGUAGGGUCAGGAAAGCUGUACUCAUAGGAGGCGAUUUAAGUGGUUUGCAAGAUGUCAAGAUCGUCCCGGUUUCGUCACUCUGUGAACUCCACCUGUACAAAUGUAACCUGACAAAUAGUGACGUCCAGCCACUGUUCUCCCUCCUCGUAACAGUUGGCACCAUCAGGACAGUUGUCCUGAAAGAGAAUGAUUUACACGGCUUACAGGCUUUCAAAAUCACCCGUGUUUCGUCUCUGUGUGAGCUUCAUCUGUAUGAUUGUUGUCUGACACCCACUGACAUUGAGCCCCUUUUCUCCCUCCUCGCAGAAGUGGGCAGCAUAAACACGCUCGUUCUAAAGGACAACAAUUUGCACGAUUUACAGCCUGCUCCGAUCGCCCGUGUUCCCUCGCUUUGUGUAAUUCAGCUACAACGUUGUGAGUUGAGACGGAGUGACAUUGAGUCCCUUUUCUCUAUCCUUGGAGCAGCGGGCAGCGUAAAAACAGUCGUCCUGAAGGGAAGCGAUUUGCAUGAUUUGCAGCCUGUUGAAAUCACCCCUGUUCCCUCACUCUCUGAAGUUCAUCUACACGAAUGUUGUCUCACAAACGGGGACAUUGAACCACUUUUCUCCCUCCUUGCAGCAGCGGGUAGCAUAGAGACAGUUGUUCUGAAGGGAAACAAGUUUUCCAAUUUGCAUCAUGCCCAGAUCCCCUCUAUUCCUUCGUUGUGUGAACUGCACCUGUACGAGUGUUGGCUGACAAGCACUGACGUUGAGCCGCUGUUUUCCCUUCUAGCAGCAUUGGGUAGCAUAAAAGUAGUUCUUCUGAGGGGAAACAGCCUGCAUAGUCUUCAGCAUGUCAGCAUCGCGUCUGUUCCUUCGCUUCGUGAAAUGGAGCUACAUGAAUGUGGUCUAACAAACAGUGACGUUGAGCCACUCUUCUCUCUUCUUGCAGCAGUGGGCGGCGUCAGGGAACUCGUUCUGCAUGGAAACGAUUUGCAUGGUUUAGAGACCAUGAAGAUCACCCCUGUUCCUUCUCUUCGUGAACUACAGCUACAAGAAUGUUGUCUGACAAAAAGUGACGUUGAGCAACUUUUCUCCCUCCUCAAAGAAGCUGGAAGUGUAGACAAAUGUGUUCUGAGGGGAAAUGAUUUGCACGGUUUGCUGCCGGUCAUGAUCAAGCCUGCAUCGCCCCAUAACCAUCAGCCACAAGAUCGAACCUUGACAGAACGUGGAUCAUCUUUCUAUUUUCUGUCCCUAUUCUUGUCCUUUCUGUGCUUUCUGUUUUUCUCACUGUUUGCAGUGGGGGCAAGCUUAGGUAGAGGUGCUCGGUCAGCAAUCAGUUAUUAUUGGUACGGUUUGCGGCCUGUCAAGAUCGACCCUGUUCCUUCGCUUCGUGAACUGCACCUGUACGAAUGUGGUCUGACAAACAGCGACGUCGAACACCUUUUCUCUCUUCUAGCAACAGCAGGCAGCAUAGAGAGAGUUGUUCUGAAGGGGAACGAUUUGCACGAUUUGCUGCCUGUCAAGAUCACUCCCGUCCUUUCGCUCGGUGAACUGCAUCUGAGCGAAUGCAAUCUGACACCCGAUGACAUUGAGACGCUGUUCUCCCUACUUGAAGAAGCCACCAACCUACAUACUGUUGUCCUGAACGCAAACAGAUUGCACGGUUUGUCAGAAAUAAACGUCGUUCCUUUUCCAUCCUUGAGCAGACUAUUUAUGGCUGGCUGUGGUUUGGAUGACAGUGAUAUCAAGGCCAUUUUUCACUUGCUGUCAUCUCUUGGUCAUGUCAAGAUAGCCAACUUAGCGAGCAAUCAUUUCAGCGGAGGAGUUACAGAGCCGUUGGCUCCUGUUCCUUCCCUGCUCUUUUUGUCUCUCGGUGAUGGAGGACUCGCCUCCGUUCAAAAUCUAGAAGGAAUAGACUUUGGAGAAAUGAUAACAUUCCACAUUUUUACCGUCUCUGAAUAAUGACAACGAUGCAUGAAUCCUAUGAUAAUCGAGCUCACGUCUAUGCCUAUCACAAGAACGUUAAGGCCGGUUCAAACUACAGGCGAAUGUGAACGCAAACCGAAUUUGACGCCACGAAAGAUUUAUGAAAAAUUUCGCUCGUGUUGAAAUGUGUUUAUCUUUUGCGAAUUCGCAGCGCGAAUAUUUUUACCUGCCUUCAUAAAUUCGCUUUUAUCUUUGGUCUCGAGCCAAGUACGAAUGAACCUUUUAUUUAGAAUUUACCGCACAUUGUUCAGGAAACAUUGAAACCAAGUUACAAUGGACAUUCCUGCAAAUUAUCUAGGAGUAUGCCUGGCAACAACACAAAUAUUCAAAUUUAGCCCACAUUGGGGAGAUUACAUGGCAUCCAUAAAAGAGUAACUUCAUGGCAUAGCAUAGUUUGGUUUUAAUUUGAAAUUGUAGGUAGCAUUGAGAUAUAAUAUUCAAGACACAAUAGAUCUUGUUCACACGGAAGCCGUUUUUUAAAUCUUGUUCCCUGAGUCUACCAUAUUUAAUGUAAAUUCGUUUGGGGUGGUGCUAUGAAGUUGUGUUUAAUUUAACUUUUAAUUUGUUGCUGUUAUGUUUACUCUCAGGUUCCCAAAUUGAAAAGUUAACUUUACUUUCAAAUCAAGAUGGCCGACACAAGGUCAUUAAAACAAAUAAUUGAGAAAAAAGUUGUUGCGUACCUGUUCUCUAUUCCCAUUUAUACAUGCACUGGAGGAACCAGUGAAAGAAUCGAAACGCAUUCGCUGAAGAAGGUUUGAAGGCUGGUCUUAAUUAAGUCUCAGUACUACACCCGUUAUCUCAAAAUCUAUGGCAAAAUCGAAUGGUAAACGAUCUUGUUUCAUUGAUGUUUGACUUUUUCAGUUCUAACAAAUAUUCAAUUUCAAUCUAAUGUAACAGGUGAAUUGAAGAGAAACAAUAAACUUUGUAUACUUGAGAUGGAGGCAUAAUCUUAAAAUGCUGAGGCUUGUGAAGGUAUGACUUUUAAGCUCGGUAUGAGAGCAAAGCUGGAGUGUAAAGACUGCCUAAAGUUUGCUAUUGCUGACUGCACCUUUUAACCAUGCAUUACAUAUGAUGAAUGAAAACGACAGUUACAUUUAAUACUUAAGUGAAUAGUAAGGAAAAUGUUUCAGGCCUUACAGUCCAACAUUCAAUUAACUGUGCGACUUAAAUUCAAAGUUUGGCGGCCAAUUUUUACAACAUUCUGAAUAUAAGUAAAAGAUGAAAGAUUCUGACAGUCUGUCAUGCAGUUUUUUUAAUCAUUAUGUUCAAACCUUCUUAAUCAAGAAACAAGUCAGUCAAAUCUUGUUGGCUUGUUUGUGCUUGUAAAUAUACUUUGUUCAAAAAGGAUUUUACUUCAAACUAGAAAAAUAGCCUCGUACUUGUAAGUUAAUUUCAGGUUUUAUAUGUAAUACUAUCAGCUUGUUCACAAUAUAUAGAAAAUGUAUUGAACAUUUUGUAUAUUUUUCAAUUAAUAAUAAAACUACAAUACAUUACGUCACGUGGCAUGUAUUGAGUGCCACUGUUUUUAUGAGCCUCGGUAACAGUCGAUGGGUGUGGUGUGUGUAUUAUUACACUUAAAAAAAGUACAAAUUCAACUCGUAUCUCCGUCCGCUUUGUAUUUUGAUGAGAUACAACUGAGUGAAUAUCAACCAAGGAGUCUUGUAAUAACAAGUACUUGAAAAAGAUUUUCAAAAAACUGCAACAGCAAUAACAGUUUUUUAUAAUGCCAAAGCAUGGAUUUUAAUGAAAACGAGUAGCGAGAAGCACUAUUAUUGUCGCCGUAAUUGUAAAAAUAAUUUGCAUAAAUAUGUGCAUUUUUUUUCACUUUUCACCGACGCUAACAAGACAUGGAUAUUUUUUACAUGUGCAUUUCCAAAAAAUUCAUAUAUAGACUGUGCAUUAAAAACGUUAAAGUGUGGUCCGCUAGUAUUGUCAUUUAGUCGAACUGCUUUGUGAAUGCUUAAUGUAUGAAAAAGAUUCAGCACUUCCUAUAAUGACAAACCCAGUUUCGCCUUACUUGCACCAUUUUCGUAUUUAUCUGUCAGUUCACCGUUAUGGAAAUGAUUCACACGAAUCAUCCACAAGAAAACCAUUGACAUUUUCUUUUCAUUUUAUACUGAAAGCCAACCGAAAACUAACUGAGUUAUUAAUGUUGCCUCAUUUAGUAACGUAUGCUGUUACUUUUAAUACUGACACCUUUGCAAAUAAAAGAAGACUUUGUAUGGUCAUCCUUCCAAAUAUUA